GAUACUGGCAAACAAUGUCAAAUUGUUGUCACUUUCAAUAUUUAACCACCCAGUUGCCUGUUGAGGGAUUUCGUGUUCUGUUGUGAGAAAAACUCGUACUUGUACACCAUGGCAUCGAGACCAAAGGGAUACGGAAUGACAGCAGAGCUUGCCCGUAAGAGAGAUGCCAAGUACGACUCAGACCUGGCAGCACAAGCAACAGCGUGGAUUGAAGGGAUUCUGGGUGAACGUGUUUUUGGAGGGAAGACUGGUGCUGACGACGUGCACGAGGUUUUGAAGGAUGGGCAAGUUCUCUGUAGGGUUGCUAAUAAACUUGGAGGAAACAUCAAGAUUAACAGUUCAAAGAUGGCCUUCAAGAUGAUGGAGAAUACUGGAAAAUUCCUGGAAUUCUGUGACACGAUUGGUGUUCCUAAAACCGACAUGUUCCAGACAGUGGAUCUCUACGAGAAACAGAACAUGCCUGGGGUCAUUAAUGGAAUCCAUGCUCUUGGAAGAAAGGCUCACUCAACCGGCAAAACGUGUCUUGCCCUUGGUCCAAAGGAGGCGUCGGCAAAUCCGCGCGAGUUCACCGAAGAGCAAAGACGAGCAGGACAGGGGGUGAUUGGCCUUCAGAUGGGAUCCAAUAAGGGGGCUAGCCAGGCUGGCGAUCACUUCGGGCGGCCACGCCAAGUCGCAGGCAGCAACGUCUACAAAUAACUGCUUUCAUUUACAGAAAAUCCCUUCUUUUCUGAUAUUCAUAAUUCUAGUGAAAAAUAAUGCAAUUUAACGGGCUUAGGCUUGAAUGCAUAGGUAUGCAUAAAAAUGUUUGAUUAUUAUUUGAUUUAAACUGUUAAACUGAUGAAAAAUCGUUGUUUUGAGACAUUAGGAGUGGAUUUAGAAUCGUCUUUGUACUUAUUACAAAUAAAACUUUUGAGAGAUA